AUGGUUGCUGGAAAACGGAACACUGGAAAGUGGUUGUGCAGAUGCACUUGCUCCACUUUCGAGGAGUUCAGACAAACUUCACCGUCACUGCCAAGGAAUCGCUACCCCACAUCUCACCCGACAGAGUACCAGAUCAUGGGGUUCAUCAACACCAGAACGGUGUUUAUGAACUUUUUGGCAAACUCACUCAACGCACCAGGCGAGCUCUUCACUCUACUCUCGGUUGGAACGACGUCGAGGAAUCGGACGGAAGUCAAGUUCUUUGUGAUCAGCUUGGACGCCAACCAAUGUGAAAACAGAACGCUGGUGGAGCUUCUGAAAAAGUUGAAUUUUCACGAAGUAUUCCAAAGAAUGUUGCCACACUUCCACAUAUACAAAGUGUAUCUCGGAGGACUGGAAGACUGCCUUCAAUACCUCGAACCGGUCAAGUCGGCACUCCGCUUGGAGCCUCGAAAUUUUCAUUCCGCGGUACCCGAUCAAAAAGUUGCCAGAGCACAAUUUGCAAGACUCUAUCCAGAGUACAAGUAUCUCGUCAUAGAUGAACACGUGUAUUUCGUAUGUGUUAUAGUCGAACUGGUCCACGUCAUAUUCUUGUUCUCUUGUUUCUUCCGGUUGGGUCUCGGAAUGAUUACAGUAAUUCUAUUGAUCUGGAUGCCGAGUAGAUCACUACACAGAUUCGAUUUAUCGACAAAAACUAGAAUGAUGCAUAUGCAACUAAUUCGAAGUUUGUGUUAUCAGAUCUCUGUUCCAAUUCUUGCAUUUUACGGUCCUGUUUUUGUGGUGAUUGCUCCACUGAUGUUCACGAUACCGAAUACUCAAAUAUCCUCCUGUAUCUCUUUACUUUUUAUGUCAUUCCACACAUUCUUGGGUACAAUCAGUAUGCUUUAUUUCAAUCGUCAUUAUCGACACUGGUUGAUUUCCGCGGUCUCUCCUGUGGCUAUCCAAGCCGAGGAAAAUGCAAAUAAGGAACUGGAAAUUCUGGAAGUCCCGGCGGCAGAUCAUCAGAGCAACUCGGAUAGAAAUGUUGAAACCAUUUUUCUUUGUAUAAAUUUCGUUUAG